AAGCCUGGCAGUUGGCAUAUGAACCCGGCCGUAGUCGCCAUUGUAAGAUUGUUCGAGGAGGAGGAGGAGGGUGGAUACUGGAGUCUUAAAUAGUCUCUUUCUGGAGCCGUGUCUUCUUUCGCGCUUUAGUUUAUUUCUUUGUCAGUCCUAGACAUUCGCACUUAAGUCAGCAUGGCGUGUGGGGCCACGUUAAAGCGCUCGAUGGAGUUCGAGGCCCUCCUCAGCCCACAGUCCCCCAAGCGGAGGAGGUGCAACCCGCUGCCGGGGACGCCGGCCACCCCGUCGCCGCAGAGGUGCAACUUGAGGCCGUCUACAGAGAGCCCCUCGCAUUCGAUGUCCCCGCAGACGGUUGCAGGGGAACACAGACUCACACCGGAGCAGAUCUUCCAGAACAUCAAACAGGAGUACAGCCGUUACCAGCGGCGACGGCAGCUGGAGGGUGCCUUCAACCAAAGCGAUGGUGCCGGCCCUAGUGAUGGACCGAGCCCCAGCCCUGCACUUGCAGCCCCAAAUUCACCCCCAGGUGCUUCUUCUGUGAGGAAGGACCAGCCCUCGUUCACUUUGCGUCAGGUGGGCUACCUGUGUGAGCGCCUCCUCAGAGAUCAUGAAGAGAAGAUCCGUGAGGAGUAUGAACAGAUCCUGAAUACAAAGCUUGCAGAGCAAUACGAGUCCUUUGUGAAAUUCACGCAAGACCAGAUCAUGCGGCGGUACGGCACCAGGCCAGCAAGUUAUGUUUCCUGAAGAUCUCAAUCAACUGGUACCAGCUUUUCUAUCAGCAAGAUGGCUGCUGUACUUCUCACCCCACUCCCCUUGACCCUCAUGUUUUUUAUUUUUCUCCCCCCCACCCAAAUGUUUCAGUGCCAUGAUUUAUCUACCUUUUUAAAUCCCCUGGAAGUUCUACUUUGGAAUUGUUGCUGCUGGCCCGUUGUUGCAGUUUUAAAAAAAAAAAAAAAAAAAAAAAAAUUGUAAAGUCUUG